UGCAGAGAUGAUCAUUCCCCUCUCUGAGCUCUCUCUUUCCUCCUCCUCCUCGACGGGAAGUAUGGUUGGUUCUACUGUGGCUAUGUCUGAAAUGGAUAUCGCUGAAGAAAAGUUUGCUGGCUGCAGUAGAAUACCAGACAUAGAACGUAAUCUAUCCCACAAUGCUUUUCCUGACAGUGCGGAUAACUCACACGGAUCAAUCGAAGAUAUAGAAAUUCCUUUAAAAUACUUGGAUAGUUUGUCGUCAGAUUGGGAUAACAGGAACAACGAUGACGACGCACCCAUCCGAUGUAAAAUCAAGUGUAUCGUGUAUGGCAUAACAGAUUUUGGGUUUAAGAAUAGCACAACGUAUGGCUAUUUCGUCAAUGUUGCCGAUGGGAGCCGCGAGUCCAUGGUUUGCAUCCCCCGCAAGAUUGCAGAAAAGCAUUAUUCUCCGAAGCAGGGCUGUGUCAUGUCUGACUUGGACUUGAAGACCAAGUUGUGCAGUUUUCAGGUUACAAUGCUCGUAGAGAUGACCAAAGACUCUAAUCUCCCGGUCGCCCUUGAGAUAAAUGAUGAACAGAUUUCAUUUGAUUUCCGGUGGUUUCUUGGACCACAACGUAGUAAGAUGCAUCCUGGCUUCUGA